AUGCCAGAAGCGCUCAAAAAAUCCGAUUUGCUGAACUUCGUCACCUUGCUUCUCAGUUCCAAAGAACCAAGCUUGCGUGCCUCCUGCUUCCGGGCGAUCUCCGCAUUGAGCGCGAGGCCCUUCCGAGAGCAGCGCCUUUUCAAAAUGGCCCGACACGAAGACAACCAAGUGCUACCAGGGCCUGCCGCCCCAAAGCUUGACUUUCUCGAUACCGAGCUCCGGCCUCAGCUAUCGCUGUCGCACGUGGCCGGGCUUUGCACCUUGCCAAAUCUUGUCCGAAACGCACAGCGAGGUCACUACAUGCCAGCAGGCACCGGCACGCCCGUCAUCUCCGUUGCCCUUGCGGCUGGCCAUGGUCACUCCGGGCAGGAUGGCCGGCUGGAGCUGUGGUUGGGAAACGACUGCAAGGCCCCGGACAACGAAGAGGAAGUUGCUGAUGGAAAGACAGCAAGCGAGCUGGCACUUGUGAAAGUUGGUGUUUGGAUGCAUGUGGUGGUCUCGAUUCAACACCGCUCCGUCUCUGCAUACUUGCAGGGCGAGAAGGUGGUGGAGGCGAAGCUCCAGGGCCGCAUACAGCUCUCUUCCCUACCGCCGGAACCCUUGCGAGCCGUGUGCUUCGUUGGCUUCCCGCCCCCGGAGUUGCUGAACUACCAGAGUUCCAUCAGCAUCAUGGAAGGUCUCAUCGCCCACAUGACUUACCAUGACGAGGGCCUGACCAGGAGUCAGGUUUACAACGCCUACUUCAGGUCGCGGCACAUGCUCCCGACGGAGAAGGACAUUCUACCUUUGGAGGAAGCCAACGAGCGUAGCGAGUCCAUAAUGUACCCGUUCCAUCACCAACAACCGUCCCCUUUGAUGUGGCUGGUGAUCUCGGACAAGUGGCAUCAGGUGGACACGGUGCUCUUUGCUGUUCUCAACUCGAAGACCUACUUGCAGCGUCAUGGAAGGGACAAGGGACCUCAAGAGUUGGCACGUUCGCUGCGCAUGGCAGCUAUCCAGCUCCUUAUGAACAUCUUCGAUCUCGAAGCGGUGGUUCCGCAUCGGCUGAGACAGUAUGCCCUGAACUUCUCCAACAUGAAAUCGGUGACGCAAACGCCCUUUCGCCUUGGCAUCUCUGAGGACAGCUUCGCCAUCGACUUUAAGCUUCGCUUUCGUGGCUAUGCUCUCCUGGAAGAGGGUGCCAAGGUCCAAAGCAUCAUCUCCUGCUUUGCGAAGAAGGGCAGUGCAGACAGGGAUCAGUUCCGCAUCGCGCUGGAGGCCACCGCCGUUCAAAGCUCUGAGGAGUGCAUGCUGGCCGGAGAAGCCACCGGAAAGCCGCAGGCUUGGCACAUCGUGUUCUGCUACAACGGACAGCCAACAAUCCUCCCAGUGCCCCCGAUGGCAGGGGAAUGGCUUCACUGUGCCAUCAGUUAUGCUGACGGCCACACAGAGAUGUGCUGCUCUUGGGACGGAGCUCCGGCGCGCAAGGUUGAGGCGGACUACAGCAAGGUGGAUCAGCGGGUAAGCACCGACGGCUACAUCGGCGUGGAGGUGACCAAGAAGCACAUCAUCAACAACUUGCUGUGUGACAUUCAUUAUUUCCGGGUGUGGCUCUGA